AUGGCAGCAUAUGGAGCGGCAACGUUUCCGCCGCAAGCAGCAAGUGGUGGACAAGGACCCACUGAUCCAAAUUCUGUUUUAGCAGCUGCAACAACCUACCAGCAGUAUGAUCCUGCUGCAAUAGCGCAAUACCAACAAAUAGACAAAUGGCAAAUAGAGGCUUAUUUGCCGUUUAUUCAUUUCUUUUAUCCACAGGCGUGGCAGCAGUACUAUGCUGCAGUAGGUCAAGCAGGCAUAACUGGAGCAGUUCCCGGAGUAGCGCAACCAGGACCUGGACCUGCACCAGUAACGGCUGUCCCGCAAGGAGUACCAACAGCUACUAGUGAUCCCAAUGCUGCGCAGAACUACUCGGGAUAUUUUGCACAAUCCGGUGCUCCCCAAGGACAAAAUGGUGCAUCGGCGCCGGUAUACGGGAAUGCUUCAGCACCGGCCUAUGGUUUGCCUCAGACUGGUGGAAGAAGUCUUCCACAUCAUGGUAGUUCUGGAACUGGACGAGGUGGUUAUGAUUAUGAGGACGAUCGUAGUGGUCGAGGAGGCUAUGGGGAUUCUGUUGAACGUUAUGGUGGUCGUGAUGAUCGUGGAGGCCGUGAUGAUCGAGGAGGCCGUGAUGAUCGAGGAGACCGUGGAGGUUAUGAUAGAGAUCGGGGUGGCUAUGGAGAUCGUGGUAGUCGUGAUGAUAGAGGAGCGCGAGAUCGCCCAAGUCGUUGGGGCGAGGAACGUGAUCGUGGUGGAGCUGAUCAUUACCGUGGACCGGGUGCUGGAGGCCCGGGCGCACGUGGAGGCUAUCAAGGUAGAAUUAUAGAAGUGGGAUAUAUUAUUCCGAAAGUUUCAACUUCAGAUAGAGGUGGUCCACGUUCUGGGAGUGGUGGAUAUGGAUCACGUGACGAUCAAAUUGAAGUCAGGGAGACGGUAUUCAUACAAGGGAUACCUAUAACGGCAAAUGAGCAGUUCAUUGCUGAUGUGUUUAGUACUCAAGGAGACAUAGCUCGUAACGAACGUAGUGGUGAGCCGCGAAUUAAAAUUUACACUGAUCGUGAAACUAAUCAACCAAAAGGAGAGUGCACCAUCACUUUUGUUGACGCAAAAACAGCAGAAAGAGUGAUAAGUGUUUAUAAUGGACAGUGUUUUCCUGGAAGUGAACAGUGCAUGAGUCUUAGUUUCGCAAAAUACAAGUCGGAAACUAAUCGAAUAAGUGGAGGUAGAGGUGGAAGUGGUCGUGGUGGUGGGUUCGGUGGUAGUGAUCGUGGAGGACGUGGGUUUGAUCGUGGUGGACGAGGAGGCGCUUUUGGUGGCAGAGGAAGGGAUGAAGGUGGAUAUGGUGGAAGUGGCGGUGGUGGUGGUGGUGGUGGUGGUGGUGGAGGUGGUGGUGGUCGUUAUAGUGAUCGUGAUAGUGGUGGGCGUGGUGGUCGUUUCGGAGGAGGAGGCCGAGGUGGUUUUGAUGAUAGAGGGUAUGGAGAUAGAGGAGAUCGAGGCCCCUUCAGCGGUGGUUUUGGAGAUCGAGGUCGUGGAGGUAGUCGAGGCGGAUACGGUGGACCGCGCGAUGAUUAUGGAAGAGAUGGUGGUCGAGGAGGUGGAAGAGGUGGUAGAGGCGGUGAUAGAGGUGGUCGAGGUGGUGACAGAGGUGGUCGUGGAAGAGGGCGUGGAUCUGGAACUGGUGCCAAUACAGAGCCCCGACCUAAUGACUGGACAUGUGAUAAUUGUAAUAACACGAAUUUUGGUUUUCGACAAGAGUGUAAUCGGUGUCAUGCUCCUCGACCAGGUGGUGGCGGUGGUGCCAUUGGACCAAUGCGAGGCGGUGGAGGACGUGGACGUGGUGAUCGACCUGCUCCUUACUAA